AUGCUUGCUACAGAUGUUGCCUUGACGAUGUAUGUCGAAGGAUGUUCCCGGCGUCUUACGUCCAAGUGGACUGGGCGAUCACGUAAUAUACGGGAGGCUUUCAAACGCCGCAGUUCGGCCGCACUAAGCCCUAAGCAGACGAAGUGUGGCUGUAUCUUGCUUGUCAGUAACACCCUGGCGGGUUUACGAAACUCUCCAGAUAUGCUUGAUGCUCCCUCACUUGUCUCCGGCUGUGGAAAACUUGUCUCAUUCAGCCAUGGCAACUUUACCAUCGUCGUCUGUGGCCCGCCCAAGGCAGUAUAG